GAAGAUGGCGGCCGUGUCAAGCGGAGGUGCUGCUGGGUCUGCUGCGGCCGGGAUUACGCACUCUGCCCGACCGACCCACGCAGUCAUGGGCUCACAGAACCGAGCCCAGCCAUCCUCCGGCAUCAGCCACUCCAGUCGCACCAGCACGGCCACUGGGUGCAUCACCAAUCCUGGCCACACUUCGGCCACCAGGCCCCCCCCAGCCCGUGUGGGCCACUACGAAAUCGAGCGGACCAUCGGCAAGGGAAAUUUCGCGGUUGUUAAACUAGCCACACACAUCAUUACCAAAGCGAAGGUGGCUAUAAAAAUAGUGGAUAAGACCCAGCUGGACGAUGAGAACCUGAAAAAGAUCUUCAGAGAGGUGCAAAUCAUGAAGCUGCUGAAGCACCCCCACAUCAUCCGCCUCUACCAGGUGAUGGAGACAGAACGGAUGAUCUAUCUGGUAACAGAAUACGCUAGCGGUGGAGAGAUUUUCGACCACCUGGUGGCUCACGGGCGAAUGGCAGAAAAGGACGCCAGGAAAAAGUUUAAACAAAUUGUGGCAGCGGUUCAUUUCUGCCACUGCCGCAACAUCGUCCACCGAGACCUAAAGGCUGAGAAUCUGCUGUUGGACCACAACCUCAACAUCAAAAUUGCAGACUUUGGGUUCAGUAACCUGUUUUCUCGAGGCCAACUGUUGAAGACAUGGUGCGGCAGCCCUCCAUACGCAGCACCAGAGCUCUUUGAAGGCAAAGAGUAUGAUGGACCUAAAGUAGAUAUAUGGAGCUUAGGUGUGGUGUUGUAUGUUUUGGUGUGUGGCGCCUUACCUUUUGAUGGCAGCACUCUACAAAAUUUGCGGGCCCGUGUCCUCAGUGGCAAGUUCCGCAUCCCCUUCUUCAUGUCCACAGACUGUGAGUACCUGAUCAGACACAUGUUAGUACUGGAGCCCAGCAGACGGUUGACCAUGGAGCAGAUUUGUAAGAACAAGUGGAUGAGACAAGGAGACCCCGACCCAGACUUCGACAGGUUGAUAGCAGAAUGUGAGCAGGUGAAGACGGAAAGAGAAACCGAGCUCAUCAAUGAACAGGUGCUGAUAGCCAUGUCUGAGAUGGGUCUAGACAGAGAGCGGACACUCCAGUCUUUACAAACAGAUGCAUACGAUCACUACAGUGCCAUCUACAGUUUGUUGGCAGACCGCCUCAAGAAACACAAGACGUUGCGUGUUGCUCCACCCACACCACGUUCAGUUAGCUAUCCUCUCAAUGCUGUACAGCAGACAGACCCGCAGGGUAAUCCGGUUAGCAUGACCGUUCCGCAUGUCCAGCUUAUCAACCCAGAGAACCAGAUCGUUGAGCCGGAUGGCAGCAUGGCCCUGGACAGUGAUGAAGGGGAGGAGCCAUCUCCCGAGGCCAUGGCUCGCUACCUAUCAAUGAGACGCCACACUGUGGGGGUUCCAGACCAAAGGACAGAGAUGCAGGAGGAUUUACAAAAACUGCCACCCGGUUUCCCUCGUGGCGUGGUGCCUCAGCCCCCCUUCCCUCCACUGGCCCCCACAAUGGGCCAAAUGCACACCCUUAUGCCCACACAGAGCCUGCAGCCCACACAGCAGCUGGAGUACAAGGAGCAGUCAUUGUUGCAGCCCCCCACCCUGCAGUUGCUCAACGGCAUGGGACCUCUGGGGCGCAGAGCUUCCGAUGGUGGAGCCAACAUUCAGCUACAUGCUCAGCUCCUCAAAAGACCGCGAGGACCCUCGCCUCUUGUAACCAGUCCGGUUGGUCACCCCAUCCCUGCAGUAGCUCCAGUGGAUGAGGAGGGUUCAGAUGGAGAGCCGGACCAAGAAGCAGUGCAGAGGUACCUGGCGAACCGCUCCAAGCGGCACACGACGCACGCUCUCACGAGCACAUCGCAUGGCGAGCCCUCGGCAGAGUCACAACGGCCUCAGGGCCCCCGCCAGAGGGUGGGCUGGGCCCCCGACACACACACCCGAUCCAGCUAUAAGGACUGUAACACUCUUCAUCUCCCCAUGGAGCGCUUUUCACCUGUCAGACGAUUCUCUGAUGGUGCUGCCACCAUCCAGGCCUUCAAGGCUCAUCUAGAGAACAGCAGCCUCAUUAAGCAACUUAAGCAGGAAUGCGAGCAGCUUCAGAAAAUGUAUGCUGCUCAGCAGGAUGAGAGACUCUUGGAGCACACUCAGCAGCAGCAUAUCCUCUACCAGCAAGAGCAACAAAUCCUCCACCAGCAAAUCCAGGGCCUGUCUUUAGGCCAUGGAGAGAGCCAGCCCAGCCACCUAACCCACCAGCUCCAAAGGUUGCGUAUCCAGCCCUCCAGCCCUCCGCCAACACAUCCCAGCAACCACCUCUUCAGACAGCCCAAUCAGAGCCCCCCGCCUGGCACUGCAGGCAUAAUGCAAGGACAUGGAGGGCCAUCAUCAGUACAGUACCAACAUGGUGCACCAUCACUAUACCAGGGCCAGAGUGGAAGCCCCCCUCCCACAGGCUUGCCUCGGGUGUCUCUACCAACCAAUCAGCAGGCAGCAUCUGCCCGCCCCACAGUCCCACUGGCACAGGGAGUCCCUCAACAGCAACAGGUGACCAUUCAAGUACAGGAAGUGGAGCUGGGAGGUGGGGCACAGAGACAGAGCAGCUUUUUGUCCACACCGUGUGGACACAGAGUUCUUGGGAAGCAGCUGAGUGCAGACAAUGCUGAGACACACAGUCGCAGCCUUGGCCGCUUCACAUCGGGCUAUGACCAGGCCCAGUUCAACCCCCACCUCUUUUCUGGCGACGCUGCCUCCCGAGGUGCUUCUGGAGUGGUGGGUUCCUACAGCCCCUACCUGCAGGGCACCUCUCUCAAAGUGCCCGGGCUGGAGGGUUACCAGAGUGGGGCAGUGGCCAGCAGCUAUGGCACCCCCUCCACACUACAGCAGGCCCUGCUCUCUCCAACUCCAAUAGACUACCGUCCCCCACAACAGCACGUCACCCCAACCCUGCAGGGUCUCCUGUCCCCUCGCCAUUCUUUAACAGGCCAUGCCGACCCCAGGCUACCCCCACAGGACUUGGCUGCCCUGCUGAAGAGGCAGAGCCCCCGACCCGGCCCAACCCCCCCAACGCCACCAAGUGGCGCUCCCCAGGAGUAUGGAGAGUUGCUACUACUUCGCCAGCUGAACCAGGGUGAAAGUUUGGAACCACCUGCCCCUCAGGCUGCCCCUGGAGGCCAACACUACCACCACCUCCUCCAAAUCCGAUCUCCAGAGGUCCAGCCACAGCAGCACCCAACCCAGCCACCUUGCCCCAGUUUGCCUCACUCAGAGAGCAUGGAGGAGGAUGAGGUUCCUGCUGGGUACCACCACACACAUGAGGGUCUGCUGGCCAAAGCAGGGGAAGGACAUGAGAUGCUUGGCACUCCCCGGGGGGGAACCCCACCCUACAACUCCCCUUCACACAGGCAUGGCUAUAUGAGAAAUGCUUCAGCAGCUAGAGACUCAGAGCAUGUGGAGUGUCGGCCCCCAGGACAGGCCAUGGAGGUACCUGAUCAUAAUGGGGUGGGCUAUUCGCGAGCACCCCAGGGUGAAGCUUAUAGGUCCCGUGGACAGCUACAGCGCCACCACACCAUCCAGACCUGUGACGAUGCCUAUGAUCAGGCGGAACCCAUGUCUGGGAUGAGCCUAUUGGCUGGGAAAGCCCUCAGCUCUGCUCGCAUGUCAGACAUUCUCAGCCAGACGUCACUGACGGGAAGCCAGCAGCUGCACCAGCGGGAAGACUCGGUGUGUGACGUUGAAGGGGAGCUCCAUGCGGCAGCCUGCUACCCUUCCUCAUGCACCAGUGACAUGCUCCUCAGCUAUAAGCCCCCUGACCUGCAGUACAGCAUGGAGCAGGCUGGGGUUUAGCACAGGAAUGCAUAUAUCCUGUGUACAGCGGUCCAUAUCAGCCAUCCUGAGUUGUGUUGACUUGAGUUGAGCAGCAUCACGCCAAACCACCGUUGUCUGCCCAAGCGGGGCGCUCUACGUCCAUCUGUUUGUCUCCAUCUGUCCCUGGGAGGGCAGUCUGCACGAGAGAGGGGGAGAGUGGGCGGGUGUAGACAUAGAGGGAUGGGGCCACAGGUGGGGUCUCGGGAUUUCAAAGGUCAAAAGUGCCAGCAUUUUCUGCACAGCCAUCCAGCACUCAUCGCCACUGGUUGUCUGCUCUAUUCUCAUCCCAUGUGGAGUACGUCGGGGUUCCACUCCUCCCUCUUUCGAAAAAGCUCAUCCCCUCAGUCCCCCCUCCCCGCCUAAAAAAACCUCCAAAUGUGGCCCACCUGCUGCCCUAACCUGAAUCUCCCCUUUCACCCUUCUUUCACCCUCUGUUAACUGUUGGCAUCCUUCAUUAUGUGCCUCAUUGGCCAAUGCAUUGACAGUCAUUCUCCUAAGAACGUGGAGUCCAACAACACCAAGAAACAUACACACUGUUGCCACAAACCCAAAGUAUUCACAGGAUGCGUGAGUGUGUAUGUGAGCCUGUGUGCUAGAAGAAGGGGUGAGCGGAGCAGAAGGGGUCGUCCACGAGGUUCGGUCUGCUCCUCCCUCUCUCCCCCUCUGCUGUCCUGUGCCGCAGCAGAUCAUUCCGGAGCGGACUAUAAUCUCGGCAGCGGCCCCUUUCAGCUGGGCGGCGGGUGUUGUUUUUUUUUUUUUUUGUUUUGUUUUUUGUUCUUUUUUUUUGGGUCAGGCUCAAACUGGCUAAAAAAACGGCUCUCUCCAAAGAUGGAGCUCAGUGACAUCGCACAGGACAAACCAGCUCUCUCAUUGUUGUUGUUUUUUUUGUUUUUCCUUUUGGUUAUUUGGCAUUCAUUUUUCCUAAUUUUUAUUUUAUUUUAAAAUUCAUUUUUACGGUUAAUGUCCAUGUAGGCAUUACUGUAUGGUCAAUAUUGUUACUCUUAUUGUUAUUACUGUUUUCUGUAAAAGAAGUUUUAUUAUAAUUAAUGAAUUAUUAUUAUUAAAUGAAAAACAGUUCUGUGUUGCAAGGAAGACAGCAUUGUUCUUUAAUUACUUAAGUAAUUCUGCACUUUUGUUUCAAGCUAUCCUCUCUCUGUCUAUUACAACCCCCCCCCCCCCCCCCUGCUGUAACCCUGCUUUUCAACCCUUCCCUUCACCUCAAAUGUCAAACUCUAACUUCUCCUGCCUUUCGUAACACCUCAUUUCCAUCCUCCUUUCUCCUUUUCAUGUCAGUGACAGUGUAUUGCAUUGUGGGUAGUUUUACCGGACAUUUGCUCCUUUCCUUGUACAGUUAUGCCAUGUAUAGAGCGCUAUUGCAAUUUCUGUAUGAACUCUUUUCUUUUUUGUUACUUUUUUGUUUUUGGAUGUUGUUGGGGAGGCUUUUUAUAUUGGUAUUGUUUAUCAUUUGUAUUUUUUGGACGUCUUUAAAAUAUAUAUAUUAUAUAUAUUUUUUUCUUUUUUUUUUUUUUUUCUUUUUUGAGAUUUCUAGCCAAAAGAGGACAGAGAAAAGAGACAGUGCUCUUUCUGUGUCAUAAAAGAUUGUUCUUAUUUGUUUUAAUAUUAUUAUAUCAAGACACUUGAAUAAGAGGAGAGUAAUUAUUUUGUGUUGCUUUUAAAGUAUCAUUUCAAUCGUUGAUGUUGUGACUGUCAUUCUUGUUGAUGUUGGGCUUGUUUCUGUUAAAGGGGUAGUUGUGGCAGGCUAUACAGGGUCAGGCUUUGGGCUUUUGUCUGGGUUGGUUCGGGUGCUACAAAGACUUGACAUUCUAAAAAAAAAAAAAAAAAAAAAAACCAACAAAAAACAAGGGAAUAACUUGUAAAAUAGCUGACAUAUCAUCUCUAACAUCACAAGUGUGGACGGACAAACCCACCCUCUGUUUCUCUCUCCUGCUGCCCUGCCUAUCUGCUGUGAUCCUCCCACCAUCUCUUACAUCAUCGGCCUAUGUUUCUGAUGACGCCUUACGGACACGGCCCUCCUCCCAUGCUACCAUUGUUACUACGGCAACCAAGGAGGAAACUACUACUACUACUACUACUACUACUAAUACUACUACUACUACUACUACUAUUAUACUAUUACUCUGCCCACUUCUGUCCUAGAUUUUGUUUAAAUGAUUUCUUUUCUGCCUUUGCUCUGUCCCCCUCCACCCCCCCACCCCUUAAAGCUUGAAGGGAAAAUCGUAAGAGGUGAUAUUAGUGUUUUUAUGAACAUGGAUGUACGUGGAUCUGGGCCCACCUCCAAACCAUAUAAGGGAAACAUUUCAGGAGAGGAUGGUAGAAAUGGAUUGUUAAAGCGGACUUAAACAGCAGAGGAAUACAAAGGUUGUGGAUGGGGGCAGGGUGUGCCAACCUCAUACACGUCUACCAAGGCCUGGUGCAAAAGCAUUAGCCGCAUGGAGGCUACAGCACACUUUGGACCUCAGCAGCAGCAGAUUGAAAAGAUACCUUAACACCCCCUGUACUUUUUUUUUGUUUUAUUUAUCAUUUCUCGUCCUACAUAUGAUACCCCUGUACUCUGUAUUGGGCUAGCAAAAGACUGUGGUGCAAAAAUCUAAGUUCUGGUUUGAGUUGUAUGUGUUUAUACUCGCCUGGUUUCACAAUGCCCGGCUGUACGGUCAAAAUACUGUAUGUUAUGUACAUCUGAGAACUGUGGCUGGUGUCAUGCAGCGCCCGUGCUUUCCAUUUGAGUCACAUCACUUCCUGUUUACCAACAUUCCCUUUUCCUUGAAUGAAGCUGGCGGGCUUAGCUACGGCGUCCGUCAGUCUGCAGCAGCAAACGGCGAUAGACUUAUGAAACACACUCGAUGCGUUUCUUCCAGAAGAGAGUCUAAUUGGGCAGAAGAAGCUUGUUUCCAUUCCGUAUAGUUGUUCUUUCCAGCUCAUACUCGUUCCUCUGUCAGAUCUUAUUUUCCCUCGUUGACACCUACAGCCCCAAACUGAGAUCUGUUAGAGUGACGGGAGUGCCCCGGUGGGUGUUUACACUGGAAAGGAAGCGGCUGGAUUGGAAGACAAAACGCUAAAAGAUGAAAACAGCAUCGUCUGUUGUUUCCGAUCUUUGUGCAGGAGGGAAAGAGCACAGGCACACAGGAAGAAACGGUUUGGAGUGAAUGGAAAGCAUGCGGAUGGUUUUGAGGUGUAACUGGGAGGAGAGAGCUGCUUCACACUCAUCUUCUGCCUGAUCAGCCCAACUGCCCUUUUUCCGCUCUUCCUUCUUUCUGUCUUAAAUCUUCCAUCCCUCCCUUCUCAGCAAGCCAGCUCUCUACUCCACUCCUGUUUCUUAGAUUUUUUUUUUCCCCAAUUAGUUCAUUUUUGUCCUUUUUAUUAUAAUUUUUUUUUUGUUCUGGUUUUAUGUUAAUUUCCGUUGAGUACAAAAUACUUAAGUGCAACAAUGAUUAAAAAGAAUAUCAACCAAACUGAGAUGAAUAAAUAAAUAUAUAUAAAUAAAGAAAUAA